ACAUUUCCCCAUAGUCUAAAAACUCAGUAAAUAAUUUGCUGCAGUUCGAGGUUGAACUUUGAAGUACCGCCGCCUUCAACAACGGAGCUGCAACGCUUAACAGAAAUUCAAUAUCUAUGGUAUGCAGUUACGUACCAUCGCAGCUAAUUGUCGCAGCACCCAAACUUUGAUUUCCAGGCGCCUACAACAGCUCCAGAGCGGCUACUCCACACAAAAUUCAGAAUCCUAUCCUCUGAUGGAUUCUUCAGAGCGUUAUUGCUAUAACCCAACUCUUCAUUGGAAUCCCCAGGUUGAAGAAUACUUCAUAAAGGCAUAUGGUGCUGACCAUUUCAGUAGGAUCUCUAACGCCCUUACUCGCCCUUCUAGCUAUUCUUGCCUACGUGUUAAUAUUCUGAAAACAACAACUGAUGCUGUCAUUGAGAAGCUGUUGUCAAUCCAACAUGGAACAGAUGGCAAAGGCAUAAACAAUAAUCUCAUACACAAGUGCCCGAUUCCUGGGUUAGAUUAUGUUGUCUUUGUUCGAGGCACAGGGCCUCAUGAAAUUGAUUAUGCUUAUGCACCUGAACAGCCUGUAAAGGAGGUCAUUGUAAGCCGCAAAUGUGCUGAGGCUGUUCUUCGGGGUGCUCAAGUGUAUGUCCCUGGUGUUUUGGCAUGUAGUGCUCAUGUUGAAGAAGGAGACUCAGUUGCUGUUUCUGUUGCCAUUGAGCAACAUGUACCUGGCGGUAAAUGGGGUACUGGAAUAACACGUGGGAUUGUACUUCAGGGCUUAGAGACAGAUCCCCAAUAUUUUCAGCGAAAAGGCCUAUAUAUUGGCCAAGGAACUACAAUGAUGUCCAGGGCUGGGAUUUUCCGAGUGUUACAAGGUGUGGCCAUUUCUAUGAGUAACAGGGUAUUUAAUCUUCCUUCUUUCAACAACGUGCUUGAAGGUGAUAUUUUUCUCCAGAACCUUCCGAGCAUUAUUGUUGCUCAUGCGUUAGAUCCUCAGAAGGGUGAAAGGAUAUUGGACAUGUGUGCAGCUCCAGGGGGUAAAACAACUGCCAUCGCGAUGCUUAUGAGAGAUGAAGGAGAGGUAGUUGCUGCAGAUCGAUCACACAACAAGGUAAUUGAUGUUCAAAAUUUGGCUGCCGAAAUGGGCUUGAAGUCUAUAGUUACAUGCAAGUUAGAUGCUGUGAAGUCUGUUGCUACAGAAAAAGUAUCUGACAUUGACGUGACUGAAGAUACUUCAAGUUCAAAGUCUUGUUCUAUUGUUAAAGAAAAGUUAAAUGGAAAUAUGUUACACAAGGAAAAUGUUGUGUCUAACCGCAGGAAGGAUAAAGAUAGCAUAAAAAAUGGGAUUGGAAAGAAUCACGUAAGUGGUGGUAGAGUUGAAAAAUCAAAAGGUUUUGCUCGUAAUAGUUUCGAUAGAGUUCUCCUUGAUGCACCUUGUUCUGCUCUUGGUUUGAGACCACGAUUGUUAGCUGGUGAGGAAACCUUGGAAUCUUUGAAGAGUCAUAAGUUAUACCAGAGGAAGAUGUUUGAUCAAGCGGUUCAACUGGUUCGCCCUGGAGGGGUACUUGUAUACUCAACCUGUACAAUAAAUCCUGGUGAAAAUGAAGCACUGGUGCGUUAUGCUCUUGAUACAUAUAAAUUUCUGUCACUGGCACCCCAACAUCCAAGAGUUGGUGGGCCGGGCCUGGUUGGUCGUUGUGAGUUAUCUGACGGGUACAUUGAAGAAUGGUUAAGGCCCGGGGAAGAGGAACUUGUGCAGAGGUUUGAUCCUUCUACAUCUGACACAAUCGGGUUUUUUAUAGCCAAGUUUAAUGUAGGCUGCAAAGACACAUGAGUCUUGUUCAACAUAGACAGGUAGAUACUGGAUUCUUUUGUCAUCACCGUUUACCAGAUCUCUUUGCCAAACCUUUAACAUUCAAAAGAUAACGUUUGAAGUUUGAAUCAACAACAUUCCAUAGUGGUGUUAGCUUCUGAUGAUGAUUUUCUUUUUUAUUUGAAGAACUUGGAAAACAUUCAUGUUAUGUAAUCAUAUUCAUUCAUUGAUAUAGUGUCUGUAAACUGGAA